AUGUAUUUGCCAAUCAUCCUAGGUUGGGUAUUAUACGUGUUUGCGGGUCCGGGGUUGGAUAAUUGGGUUAAAGAAAGUGCUCAUUUGUGGAGUAUAAACAUUAUUAUAGCAUCAGGAGCUUCACACUGGGCAGUCGAUAAGUAUAUGGAAUUUUCCAAAAAUUGCAUGGUUCCCCAACCCAAUGCUGUAAUGCCGAGAAAACAUCGAAUUAUUAGUUUCGCCCUUAGUACGUUUGGCGAAUUCUGCUUUGGAUUAGCUCUCGUAAGUACUAUGAUGGGCUGGUGGAAGGACAAUGAUGAAAAACUUUAUACGGGGUUACAAGUCAGCACUCCGUCUAGAUUUAAAUGGGUAAAUGAAUUAGAUGAAACUGAAGGUAAAGCCAUUGCUACACUACCUGCGACCUUUGGUGUUUACAAGUUGAAUCUCACCUCAGAUGGGUUAUGGAAUCAAACCACCGUUACCAAAGAUUCCAUAGCGAUACUUGGGCUCUACAACAACACCGCUACUUCGAAGAAACUUCAACUUAAUAGUGGUAGUGCCGAUAAUAGUGCGGUGUACUUGCUUAACUAUGCUCCUGAAGUGGGUUUCAUGAUGCGACCAUUGGUCCUAAGCACAAUUGACAAAAGCCUAAUAACUGCAUGGACUGAAGAUAGUAUGGUGUUAGGGUGGCCAGAAAAUGGACUAACCGCUGGAAAAUGGAAAAAUUAUAAAGGAGUGGGAUUAUUAUAA